UCACACUACCAACAUUUAUAACGCAUUGGAUAAUUUGGAUGGUCGCUUCUCUGACACGAUCCUCAAUUUCCCCACUCCGGGGCCAAAUCUUUGCCAAACCCUCGCGUUCCGAUCAAUCGCUGUAGCCAUUGAUUUGUCGUAAGGAGGCGCUCAUGCACAGGGCCUUUGAUGGCGUCGGCGCGAAUGCAUGAUUCGGGGUCCGGUGAACCUCGCCUCCGCGUUGCUUAUCAGGGGGUUAGUGGGGCGUAUAGCGAAGCUGCCGCCCAGAAGGCAUAUCCCAACUCUGAGGCAGUGCCUUGCGAUCAAUUCGAAACUGCAUUUGAAGCUGUUGAAGGCUGCACUGUCGACAGAGCUGUGUUACCCAUCGAAAACUCUUUGGGUGGGAGUAUCCACAGAAAUUACGACCUUUUACUCCGACACAGGCUACAUAUAGUGGGAGAAAUAAACUAUGCUGUUCGUCAUUGCUUGCUAGCAAAUCGAGGGGUUAAAGUUGAACAGUUGAAGAGAGUUCUAAGUCAUCCCCAGGCACUUGCUCAAUGUGAAUAUACAUUGACCCGGUUCGGACUGGUCAGAGAAGCAGUGGAUGAUACUGCUGGUGCAGCAAAGUAUGUUGCACUAAGCAAAUUGGAGGACACAGGAGCUGUUGCUAGUUCGGCUGCAGCUGCAAUCUACGACUUAGAUAUAUUAGCAGAAGACAUUCAGGAUGACUCAGACAACGUUACAAGAUUUCUGAUGUUGGGGAGGGAAGCCAUAACUCCGGACACUGACCGUCCUUUCAAGACAAGCAUAGUCUUUUCACUUGAGGAAGGCCCUGGAGUACUUUACAAGGCUCUUCAAAUUUUUGCAAAGGAGCAAAUCAACCUAACAAAAAUCGAGAGCCGCCCUUGGAGACGGAGCUCUCUGAGAUCUCCUGGAGAUAACGCCAAUGGACUUCAGAAAUGCUUUCACUACAUGUUCUAUGUCGAUUUUGAGGCUUCGAUGGCUAGUGACAAUGCUCAAAACGCUCUAAAAGCUCUGGAUGUGCGGCUUGCUUCUUCAGACUUUUCCAUUGCUAAGUAAUUCUUCUUCUUCAUUGCAUGCUGAACUUACCAUGAAACGUGCAUAUCUCCCGUUUGCCAGGAGUUAGCGACAUCCUUGCGAGUUUUAGGGAGUUAUCCGGCUGAUACCACCAUUAUAUAACGACUCUCCUACAAUACAGUGAUGACCAGCCUUGAGGAUAAAUUUGAGUGUUUCAAGCCACGACGAUUUGCCUUCCCCGUGUGAUUACAGAAUGCUUUUGCAGAGGUAGUCAGAUUACUAGCAUGAUCAUUAGUUAGCUGCUCUGAUCAUUUUUGGUAGGAUCACUAUCAGUCUAUCAUCUUUGGUGAUCUCUUUUUAGGGAGUGGCCCAAUCGGUUGUUGGCGUAGUCAAAUUGAGUUGCUCACCCAAAAACCUCUUCAUCCCUCUUUAAUGUGCGGAUUAACGUCGUAGUAAUUAUCGUCUUUCAUUUCAGAAAGAGAUUGCCAAUUGAAUCAAAUUUACUAUCAAUCACGAGAGAAAAAGCUUUGUGUAGCUCUAUUCAUCCUUCACAGUGACACAGUAGGGUACAUGCUCGUAGAGAUAAACAUGAUGGAAGGUGCAAGGAAGCUAACACAUACAAGGGAACAUGCCAAGGCAUUUAGAGCUGUUCAUAUUCAUUGGGACAACAUGAAGGAAUCAUACCUCUCAGACUUAGGUUGGUCACCCAAUUAUGGUUCAAACAAUUAUAGCAACAACAUCUACCUCAGAUUGAUUACAGAUAUAUGUACUGGCUGAGAGAUGGAUCAAAAUGAAAUAAAACACAAAAAAAAAAAAAAAAGGAAGUAAAAUAAAGACCACAAGAAAACAGGGGAGGAACAGAGCAGCCGGAGCAAUUACUUGACAGUAGUGAUUAACGAAAUGCAGGUAAACCAGGGGGGAAAAAAACGGAUUCAGCGGUGGCAAGCGGGAUCGCGGCUUUUGGGAUCACAGUACAGCUUCCGAUCUCGGCCGUUGUCGAGGCAGUAGUACCGAUUCUGGCCGCAAUUGUAAGCCGGCUGGUUACGGGUGAUGGAGUUAUACACGUUCUGGCUUCCCGCCUGCAACAUCCUCAGCGACUGGCUGCUGCUCCCUGACUCCAUCAGGAACUCAUCGUCGUCAUCAAUGGCGUCGGCCAUGCCAGCAGAUGCUGCCGAAGCCAGUAACUGGGUGGUAACCAGAGCAUCGAUGGUGCUAGCUCCGCAUUGCGGAAGGAAGUUGGUAGCGCAGAGAACGACGGCUAGGGCUGCUGCAGCCGCCAACCAAACUGCGGAAGGAUUCGUCUUGCUCAUGGGGUUUGGAAGGGAAGAGAAGAGAGAUGGAUAUGCUUACCAUCCAGCAGUGGUCCGGUCUCAUUAUUAGUGUGGUGGAGGUGGGGCUCUAGUGUGUUUGGCGGUAGUGUUAACCCACUCUGUAUCAAUUAUUAUUCCAAAUUUCCAAAUUUCCACCUGCUGCUGGAAAGCUCAGCUCGUGACCCUCCCUUUGUCUUUCUCUCGUUAAUUAUCAAGGUUCAAAAAGGCGCUAGGUGUAAGCGAGUGUUGCGACUUUGCUUAGCGCCUUGCUCGUUUAGACGUAGACUAAGCGUACCUAGCCGUUGGAAGAAAAAUAGCUAUUUAUAUUGCAUGAUGAAUGAAAUAAUAAUCUACAACACU